AUGUCCUCGAGUACACCCACGCCUCCGGACACGAACGGUGCCAACUCCCACAAACGUUCAAGGGGCGGUAGCCCAGGCGCCGAUUCCAACGGCAAGGAACCAGCGACCGACAACACCAAUGUUCCCAAACCGAAGCGCCUAGCAUUUCGCAGGAAAAGCGGUCCGAAGCGGGGAUACGUCAAGGCUCUGGAGGAGCGACUGAAGCAAGUUGAAACCCUUCUCAAGACCCAAGACCCCCCCGCCGCACCCGCCGCACCCUCCGCGCCCGCCGACCCCUCCAGAACGAUACCCCCUGGCCUUGACACCACAUCUAGCCGCACUCAGCAAGCUGCCCCGAAUUCGAACUUCAACGUAGCGUCCUCAAACCUGAAUGUUCCCACCGAUCGCGAUUCCGAACGCUGGAGAUUCAAUGGCGAGUCGCCCCAAACCCAGAAUGCGCCCGCUCCUCCCGUGGACGACUUCAAUUUCAACUCCAACAUGUCGAUGGGAAUGAACAACGUCGGGAGCAAUUUUACCUGGGAAAUGAUUGGGUUGGGUUUAGAAGAGCCCCUCCCCCCGCAGGAAACGAUUGACGAGCUGGCGCCCAACCAACGACCUCCAGUUGCGCUGCGGUACGCCAUAUGGACUUUGGCGUGCUCAAUCACUGAAAAGUAUAUUGAUCUCAAGGAUCUUUUUUACCAGAGAGCCCGCAAGUAUGUCGAAGCAGACUACAUCAAAGGCUACGGCGAACACAUGAUUUCUGUGGCCCACGCACAAACACAUGUGCUUUUGGCUUCUUAUGAGUUCAAGAUGAUGUACUUCCCAAGGGCCUGGAUGAGCACCGGCUCAGCCGUUCGUCUAUGCCAAAUGAUUGGUCUGCACAGGCUCGAUGGCGCCGGCCUGGAUGUUAAGCAAUGCCUCCCACCGCCGCGAGACUGGACGGAACGUGAGGAGAGACGCCGUACGUUUUGGAUGGCAUUCUGUGAGGAUCGCUACGCCAGCAUUGGAACUGGAUGGCCCAUGACUGUUGACGAAAAGGACAUCAUGACCAAUCUACCAUCAUCAGAAGAGGCCUUCGAUAUGAGCCGGCCUGAGCAAACACAGUCUCUACAAGAAUGUAUGAGUCCGUCUGGAGCCGGGAAGCUGUCGUCUUUUGGUGGUAUUGUGCUCAUGGCAUGCCUCUUCGGUCGGAACCUCAUCCACCUUCAUCGGCCUGACGUGGACGACAGAGAUCACGAUCUAAACGGCGAAUUCUGGAAGCGCCAUCGUACUAUGGACAACAUCUUGCUCAAUACUUCGCUUUGCCUGCCAACACAUCUCAAACUUCCCGCUGGUCUCGGAAACCCCAAUAUUGUCUUUACUAACAUGAGCAUCCACACGUCUACUAUCUGUCUUCACCAAGCAGCAAUUUUCAAAGCCGACAAGAACCGCCUCCCGGCGUCCGUGAGUGCCGAGAGCAAAGUUCGAUGCAUCACCGCAGCGAACGAAAUCGCGAGCAUCAUGAGGACCAUCUCGCACAUGGACCUAUCCGCGAUGAAUCCGUUUAUUUCAUUCUGCCUCUACGUGGCUGCGAGAGUCUUUGUUCAAUAUCUCAAGAGUCGGCCGGAUGACAGCCAAACAGCCGACUCACUGAGGUUUCUCCUAUCUGCUAUGAACGCGCUCAAGAGAAGAAAUCCUCUCACGGAGUCUUUCCUUGUGCAGCUUGAUGUUGAUCUGGAGGCAUUGGCGAUGCGGAUACCGAAGCUGAAGUCAGCUUUCCCGCGCAGUGGUGAUAGCCCCAAUGCAAACGGUGGGACCCGUGGGCCGGUAUGCGACGACCCUGAAGGGGUGCAGGGUAUCAUGUCCUACCGCAACGAAUGCCACUUCAUGAAGGUUGGGGGCGACAAUGGCAACGCGGCGGCGGCACCAAGUAUUGUUGAGCCCGAGCUAAACACAGAUGGCGGUCCGAAUUCAGCCUCCGCCGGGUCGACACAGACGUACAAGAAAAAGCCUUUUAUAUCUCACUAUUGGGACUGUCGGCUCAAGGGUCGACCACCGGGGACCAAGAAGUCAGAUGAUCCGAACAAGAAGAGGAGAAAUCGCGUUUCCCGGAAGUUGAACCUCUGCGAUGUCAAAAUCAAAAUCACUGAAUACUUUCCUGGGGCUACGCUGCACGAUCUGGAUGAUGGCAGUUAUGUGCCCCUGGAUGGUGUCCAGGCGCUCAACGGAGCGCGCACGGUUCUUGAUCCCCCCGGAGAGAAACAGCUGCGUAUUCUUCCGGCUACGAUGAACAAUCUGCCCGCUAUUGGACAAAAGUUCUGGACCAUUCAGCGAGUGAACGGUCAUAUCAGCAUCAGCGGCAUCCCCGGCCCGCACAAGCAUAGUCUUGCAAAGAGCGAUGAGGUCAAGAAGAACAGCAUUCAACGCCAUCUUGUUAAACAAAAUCAGGAGGCAUCCAAAAGUGACGGUCUCAAGAAGGCCUCGGGUAGGGCACAUUGGACAAUCAAGAAGCACGAAAAGGAUAGCGAUCUGAAACUUUACUCAGCAUGCUACUGCCCUUUCUCCCAGCGAGUUUGGAUCGCCCUCGAGGCCAAAGGACUGGCAUAUCAGUACUGCGAAGAAGAUCCGUACAAAGCACCCGCAUCGCAGGAACUGCUCGAAGCCAAUCCUAGGGGGGCUGUGCCUGCAAUUCGCCAAGGUGAUUGGGCCUGUGCCGAGAGCGCGGUGAUACUGGAAUAUCUUGAAGAAAUGGACAAGGCCAUUCCGCUCCUUCCGACUGAUUCGCGUCUCCGUGCGAAUUGUCGUUUAUGGAUCGACCACAUCAACUCUCGCCUCGUUCCUGCUUUCUACCGCUUACUCCACAACCACGACGUGGCACAGCAUUCACAAUACAUUGAGAAACUCCAAGAGUCUAUCAAGGACCUAGUUCUUGCUGCUGAUGAAGAGGGACCCUUCUUCCUUGGGAGCAGCCUCUCCCUGGUUGAUAUCCAUUUUGCCCCCUUCGCCCUCCGCCUCUCUCGAAUCCUGCAGCCGCUCCGUGGUUGGACUGCUCCGGCGCCAGGACUACGGUGGGCCAAGUGGCUAGAUUCUCUCGAGAACAACGCGCAUGUAAGAGCUACUACGAGUGGAAAGGAUAUUUACGCAGACACUGUCGAGUUAUUGGAGAUUGCUCUGGAUCCGGAUGGUCAUAUAGGCACCUGA